GAGGCCAUUCACUCUGACACACACACACACACACAUGCAAAGACUCACACGAAAAAACUUUGAGACGCACACACGCACGCGGCCGGAGUGUUGCCACAGGACAGAGGGAGGGAGAGAAGCAUUCACACAGAGGAGAUCCUCGGCAAACUGAAGUGAGAGGAGGAAAAGAAGGAGCGCACAUCAGCCAGAGGAGUGUGUUUGUGUGUGUGUGUGUGUGUGUGUCUGAGUGAGUGUGUGUGAGAGUGUGUGUGUGUUCAGGACAAACCCCAGCCUGAGAGAGCGUACGGUCCCGUUAGUGCGUUGGAGGAGCGGACGGGAGAGCGGAUUCACAAUGACCUAGAGAAAAAAAUUUUGGGAAACCCGAGGGACAUCUUCCAGGUUCACUGCUGGGAAAUACUCCGGACAUGUGAGAUGCAUGGGGGAGACAUCCUUCCACCCAAACCUGCGCUUUUAAAACCUCAUCCUCGCCCACUCCAGUCUCUGCUGAAGGAGAGCAGCUGCCAGCCACAAUGCCGACCGACGACUAUAACUACCUGCCUGAUGCAUUGCCACCUCUCCUCGAAGUCCCGGACUCUGGCUCUGUCCUGAGCUCCGUUGACAUCCCGGCCCGCUGCCUCCGCAACCCGGCCUUCCGCCACGCCUCCUCGCGCUACUGCUCCGCCCUCAGCAUGGACUCCUCUCCCGACAGUGCCGAAAGGCCCAUCAGCUACAGCUCCACCUCGUCGUCCGCCUCCUCCCGGGACAGUCACUGCUCCCUGGGCAGCCGCUCCACCCUCGUCCCUGGCCCCCACUGCAACCCGGUGACCUCGGACCGGGACUCGGGGGCAAUUCGGUUGGAGCUGGUCCCGGCUCGGCAGCUGGGAUGCGGGGAGGAGGAGGACGGCAAUGAUAAAGGGAUGGACACGGGGCGAGGGCGAGGGCAAGGGAGACAGGGCAGUGGACAGACGCCGACGGAACAUUCGGAGCCCGAGCUGAGUCCAGAGGGCGGUGAGCGGACGGGGCAGGGACCCAGGACAUAUGUGGACCGAGUGGUGCAGGAGAUACUGGACACAGAGAGAACCUACGUCCAGGACCUGCGAAGCAUUGUAGAGGACUACCUGGAGUGCAUCAGUAACCAGUCUCGACUGGCCCUGAGCUCCGAGGAUAAAGGUUCUCUAUUCGGCAACAUCCAGGACAUCUACCACUUAAACAGGGACCUUCUUCAUGACCUCGAGAAGUGUAACGCUGACCCCGUGGCCAUCGCAGAGUGCUUCGUAUCCAAGAGUGAAGAAUUCCACAUAUAUACCCAGUACUGCACCAACUAUCCGAGGUCGGUGGCCGUGCUAACCGAGUGCAUGAGGAACAAGGCGUUGGCCAAGUUUUUCCGCGAGCGCCAGGAAUCUCUGCGGCACUCCUUGCCCUUGGGCUCCUAUCUGCUCAAGCCAGUGCAGAGGAUCCUCAAGUACCACCUACUGCUGCACGAGAUUGCCAACCACAUGGAGAAGGACACGGAGACCUAUGAGGUUGUGCAGGAAGCAAUAGACACCAUGCAGAGAGUGGCCUGGCACAUCAACGACAUGAAGAGGAAACACGAGCACGCUGUUCGGUUGCAGGAAAUCCAGAGCCAGCUGACCAACUGGAAAGGCCCUGAUCUGAUUGGCUACGGAGAGUUGGUUCUUGAGGGAACGUUUCGUCUGCAGCGAGCCAAGAACGAGAGAACUCUCUUCCUGUUUGACAAGCUUCUGCUGAUCACCAAGAAACGAGAAGAAACCUACACGUACAAGGCCCACAUCCUGUGCUGUAACCUGAUGCUGGUGGAAGUUAUUCCGAAAGAACCGCUGAGCUUCAGCGUGUUCCACUACAAGAAUCCCAAACUGCAGCACACAGUGCAGGCCAAAUCACAACAAGACAAGCGCAUGUGGAUCUUACACCUCAAGAGACUCAUCCUUGAAAACCACCCUGCCAAAAUCCCUGCGAAGGCCAAGCAAGCCAUCUUGGAAAUGGACGCAAUGCAUCAUCCUGGGUUUCAUUACAGCCCUGGUGGUGACAAGAAGGAUUCCCCUCAAACCAAGGAGGGCCCAACUCCUCGGAGGGGACGCAGGAAAGAACCUCUAUCCAAAUUACUGAAGAACGCCAAGCAGAAUGCGGCAAACGCCGACGGUGAAAAGAGAACAAGUCUGGGUGCCACCCUGCUCUCUCCAAUGUCCCAGCUGGCUCUGGGCACGAUCGGUCGCAGCCGCAGCCUCAUCAACCAAUCGCAAGAAUCCCUGGACCCUGGCGACCACUAUGACCACAGUGACAGAGAGGAAGGAGAGGAGCCGCAUCAGCAGGAUGCCGACGACGAGGACGACAGUGGACUGGGAGGUGGGAAGAGGCUGCGCGUCCCUGGCAAAAGCAGCAGGAAGAGGCUGAACCCUCAGGCGUCUGUUGAUAGUAUAGAACAGUGGAAAGCCUUCAAUAUGAGCCCUUCAGACGUACAGAGAGCGAGAGAGUCACUGGUGAGGGAAGGCAGUCACCACCCGCCACUCCUUAGGACACCUCGCGUGACAGAGGAGCCUCCCGACUCCCCUAUUCCCUCUGUAAUAGUCACGGAGAGUGACAACUCGGUGAGGAACAUCUGGGCAGACCACCGGGCUCGCAGGGCCAUGUUCCCCACGCGUCAGAGGACCGUGCAGCCCGAUGAUGAGGACGAGGACAUCUACCAGAUGUUUGUUCCCACGGAGCCCAGUGGACAGGAACCCGAGGUGCCCCGGGCGAGGCCGGAGGCCCCCUCGUCGCCCAAGACAGCUCGUCCCUGCAGCUGGCAUGUCGAACAGGUGCCCGCGGUGCAUGUUGACCCUCCACCCAACAGGGGCAGAGUCCUGCGGAGGGCGAGCAGUGCAGGGGAGAAGGCUACGGAAGCUCGACAGAGCCCAGACGAUGACCAGGCCGGUCACAGCAACCUGGAAGUGAUCCACACUGAAUCGUCCAGCAACGACAUAUCUGGAUCGUCCUCAGCUGAGCAGCUGACGAUAGAUGAUAUUGAAAAUGUCUAUGACAACAUCAGCUAUGAGGACCUUAAGAGCAUGGGCCUCAUCAGGAGAGACCCAGAGGAAAGCCAAUCGUGGAAAGAGACAUCCGCGGAUGCAAAGGGUUCCCAGGGCCAGGCCGCAAGGGUACCGGAUGAGGUUACAGGGAUCACAGCGCCUACGAAGCAACCAGACAGUUCCUCUGAGAGCAACCGGUCCUCCACACAGGAGGGGAGGCAGUUUGGGACAUGUGAGCUCAAGAUAGUAGAGGACAACAUCUAUGACACCAUCUGUUUUAGGGAACCACCAUCAUCAGAGCUUAGAGGAAUGAGUGAAGGAAAUGAACUCCAACAGGAGAGGGACAGUGUGCUGGCCUCUGAACAAGACCUGACGGAAAGUCUUGGCGGGUUUGUAUCCGAGGAGAGCCUCCACUUUGGAGAGGACGAAGGACCAGACACCUCCCGUCCUGUCCCACGUUCCUCCGAGCCAGAUUAUUCGUCCUCGUCUGCUUCUGAGACGUUCUCGCAGCGAUCACAGAGAGGGGACAAAAUGUCGGAGCAGGUCGACGAGAUCUGGAACGACUUAGAAAACUACAUUAAGGUCAACGAAAAGAAAGCUGAUCGGCUUCCUGCUGCCUUCCCUGUUAGCGCCAGUGAGUCUCCUAAAAAGACCCCAUCAGUCAAAAACAGCCCCGAAAAGAGCCCCCCUGUAAUUAGCACCCAAGUAGCCAGCCCUCCAGCCAAGAGCCCGCCGGCACACCAGCCGAAACCCCCACCCAUCUCGUCCACGCCAUCAUUCACCAUUCCAGUCAUCAACCUCCCCGAUCUUCAAAGUGAAGGCGCCGCGGAAGAAGACCACCACGGCCCUGCUCCCCCUUCACCCCUGAUUCCUGCGACCCCCGAGCCCCUCCCAGGCACAGUGAAGAACAUCCGUAACAGGCUGGCUCGCCUCAGCAGCGGCAGCUUCCGCCUGGAGGACGACGACCUGGUGGAGCUUCCUCCGCGGAACGCUCCUCAGAGGGAGAAUUCCGUCAAGGACCUCCACAGUUUGUUUCCAGGGGAGCUGGCAGGUCUGGACUCCCCCCUGGCCUCCUCCUCUCUCCUGCUGGGCGAGUCCGAGCUGGAGCUGAUGGAGAAGUCCAAGAACAGGGUGUUCCUGAUGGCGCGGCAGUACAGCCAGAAGAUCAAGAAGGCCAACCAGCUGCUGCGCAUGCGGAGCAUGGACCCCGGGGACUCGUGUAGUCGGGCAAGAGCCGAGAAGAAGCAGAGAGACCUGGCAGCCAUCUUAGAGGAGAAGAAACAAGGAGGUGCAGCCAUAGGUGCAAGAAUAGCAGAGUACUCCCAGCUCUAUGACCAGGUGAUGUUUAAAGAUCCUCCUAGCCCUGCUGGUCAGCCCUCUUCUACCCCACACCACAGCCAUCCGGGGCUGCCGUCCUCCCCGUCCAUGCCUGAGACCUCCCUGGAGGCAGAAUGGCUCCACGCCACGUACAGCAACGGAGAGCUGGCCAGCUUCGUCUCGUCAGUCAGCGAGGUGGGGGACGCUCGGGCGUCUUCCACCCCGCAGCGAAGACUAACCUCCGCCCGCUCCAUCCCCUCUCUCCAGACUUUCCCUACCACUCCCACCACCCCGCCUUCACAAAGGUGGAGUUCGUGCAUGUCGGCGCCAAGCGAGAAAGAGGAGCACGUGUACAGUUCCAUUAAGAGACAUCCGUCCUUUAACGCCGCGUCUUCGACUUCCCCGGAGCCUUCCCCAUCCGAUCCGUGUCAGUCGGUCAGCUCUCUGGGAAGCCAGCAGCGGGAGAACAGCCAGUCUGAACUCAAAUGCGACAGACCCACUGUGGAUCGAUCCACAGGCGGACUCCGGGGCCCUAGUCUGGGCCGGGCUGGCCGGCAGAGUAGCCUCCCAGAGCGGUUUACCCAGGGCCAGUCAGAUCUCACCUUACACGACGGCCAGCAGGUGGUCGUCUUGAAUCGGGCGUCUGCGCUGAGCAUACUCACCGCCACCCAGAACUACCUGGCCAACUUCAAGGACAAUGAGGAAGAUGACGAUGACUAUGUAGAGAUCCGCUCAGAGGACGAGAGCGAACAGGAGCACGACGGGCUGGCGCAGGGAAACGGCAGCGCGGCCGUUCCUUCCAAUCAGAAUCGGGGUACUGUGCAGCAGACGCAGAGUCUGCCGUGCACCCCGGUGCGCUCGUGCGACCCGCUGAGGUCUCUGGACCGUGAGCAAUUGGAGAAAUACCUGUGGAGCGAGCCGCAGCAGAGCCAACCCAACAUCGUCCAGUCUCUGAGGGACAAGUUUCAGUGUCUGAGCUCCAGCAGCUUCGCCUGAAGCUGCGCAGCAACUAAAAGCCAAAUCUAUAUAUUACACGUACAGCAUAUAGAAACAAAAGAGGCCACUGCUGCUCUGCAUUGAACGCCCUACAUCCCCCAACAUCAUAGUACACAAGCAAAGACGAAAAAUUACACUUUAAUAAACAUAACAAAUGUCUCAACGUAGAUCAGAAACAAUCUCGUCGAUUUCUUCCAUAUUCGUAACAACCUCUGUGAAUAACUUUACUUUCUGUUACAGGGCUUCAAAGAUAAACACAUAAUAGGUUUCAAUUAAUGCCACAUCAAAGCAUGCUUGUGAGCUGCCGUAGUACUUCCAGGUCUCGUGUAUGUUUCAAAGAGUAGUGACCUGGUGGGGAAAAGUGGUCAAGGCAAAUUAAAGUUGUCCAGUUGGACUGGAUGGGUUUUUAAAAUUCAAAGUAUCUCCUGUAGAGAUAACUGGAGUCUAAUUCUGCACGAGGACUUGAGCAAAUAAACUGUUGUACAGAUACAGUAGUUCAGGAUGUUUCCACUUGUAAAAGACUGGCUCUUUUCUGUGCCCAACAUCUAAAAGCAUCAAAAGUCUGAUGAUCUUUGGGCAGAUGUUCACUCCCCGGGGUCAGGAUUACCUCAUCGGUUGUGAGGGCUUUGUUUUAAUUUCCUUUUUAUGUUUGUUUUUAACUGCAUUUUCAGCACUAGUACAGGAGAGGUGAAUCGCAGCAGUACAUUUUGCUUGCACCAUCAAACUAUUCUGAACAAGCAGCUUCACAAAUCGGCAGUUCACUCUUGCAAUCGUCAUAUUUGCUACUCAGGCUAGUUCGUCACUUUUAACAGCUUCCUAGCAACAAAAAGGCUGCAACUGUAAAGAAAAAAAACUUGCUAUUACAAGAUCCUAUAGGUUAAGUAUAAUUAGCCUUAGGUCAAUAAGUCUAUUUGAACUUAUUUCACUCUACCAACCCACCUUCGUCAUCAGUAGGGUAUCGUGCUUUAAGAUCAAGAGAUGUUGAUGUUUUAGAUGAUCGCUAAGAAACCCUAGGAUUUCACAUUUAUUCUGACUCUGAGAGCAAAUCAGAUAUUUCAUGUUGAUCGUCGUGGGGGGGGGCAUCCAUCAUGUAGAGUGAAAUGUGCAUCUCAACAAGUGAUUGAUGUUUUCCUUUUCAAAUUAUGCUUUGUAUGACCUUUGUUUUUUUAAGCGGGACCACGAAGGAGAGCAUUGAGGAGAGUUGGUUAAAGAAAGACUACAGUACUGUAUCUGAUAUUUUUUAUUCAAACUCAAAUGAAUAGUCAACUCUGUGUUUACUUUAUGGGGCACUCCCAACUGUCACACUACUGAUGUUACAUCCACUCUCACAGAAAUAAAUUCUCAGUUAGAUAGUUGUAAGUCACUUCAAACUCGUUCAUACAACACGAUUGUUUUCUCUCCCCUUGAAUCACACUCAUUAUUAAGCCCCUUAAUAGUGACCUUUCUUUUGAAAGGUCACUAGAUGUGUCACAUUUUAUUUUUGAAAGUAUCCCUAUGUUAUUGCCCUUUGUCACUAUUACUUCAAGGCACAAACAGGUUGUAAAUGAAAGUAAAAAUAUAUUUAUUAAAAAAUGGGUUUAUCAUCAUUUAAGGGCACUCACAAAAUUUUAAUCAGAUACUGUGAAUAUUUUCAGAAAUGGUAUUUUUUAACUUAUCUAUCACGCACUGCUUAAUUUCAAGUUCCACAUCACAAAAUAGAAGAAAGAAAAACAUGAGAAGUUGAAAGCACAAUAUCAUGGCCUAUUUACUGUUCAUAUCAGGAAAUUUGCAUCAAACACAUGUUAGGAAUAUGAAGUAUGUUUUUUUUUUAAACAUUUUUAUCCUCUGUUUCACUGGUGGGGAUUGUCAGUCUUCAUUGACUCUUUUUUGCACUUUUCUGUCUUUUUUUUGAACGUUUUAUUUGUAAACACUUUGUAAAGAUGUACAUUUCAGGAAAGUUAUUCUUGUAUGCCAUAGGUAUGCUUUGUUAUGCUUUAAUGUUUAAGUUAAAUGUACUGUAUUUUUUAACUGCCUAGUUGUCAUUGCUCAACAAAACAAAUGUAUUGGAGGUAAUAAAUUCAGGUUAAACUUA